CGAUCAAGAUUAGGGAGGAGGGUUGGGUCACACACUCGGCUCCCUCUGACAGGCGGACAGUGGAGCACGGAGAGGAGAGGGGAAGGGAGGGACGGACGCGGCGCCUCCGACGCGAUCUCGGCGGGCGGGCGGGCCGGCGAGCUGGCGACCCCGCGCACCUCCCACCACCUCGCCGCCGCCGCGGCGCUCGCGGCGGCGGGGGUCUCCUACCCACCGCCGCUGCCCCCCACGCCGCAUGCCGCGGGGGCCUUCUCCUCCACCUCCUCCCCGCACGACGCCGGCGCGGGCGGCGCCGCCCGGCAGAUCGUCGAUUCCCUCCUCGCCCGCUUCCUCCCGCUCGCCCGCCGCCGCAUCGAGACCGCCCAGGCCCAGGAUGGACAAUACCUACGGCCAUCUGACCCAAGCUACGAGCAAGUACUUGAUUCACUUGCCAUGGUUGCAAGGCACACACCUCUACCUCUUCUCGAAGCUCUUCUUCGGUGGAGAGAAAGUGAAUCACCAAAAGGUGCCCAUGAUGCCUCAACAUACCAAAAGAAGCUUGCUGUCGAGUGCAUAUUCAGCUCAGCCUGCAUUCGAUUUGCUGAGUAUUGCCCACAGGAGGGAAUCACAGAGAAACUUUGGAAUGGCUUGGAAAGUUUCGUAUUCGAUUGGCUAAUUAAUGCAGACAGGGUUGUUAGCCAAGUAGACUAUCCUUCAUUGGUUGAUCUGCGAGGUCUCCUUUUAGAUCAUGUUGCUCAACUUUUAGGAGCUUUAUCACGUAUCAGGUUUAGUUCUGUGACUGAGAGGUUUUUUAUUGAGCUUAAUAAUCGCCGUGUUGAUACUCCUGUUGCUAGAAGUGAGACACUCAACAUUAUUAAUGGGAUGCGCUACCUCAAACUGGGGGUAUGAUUAUACAAAGACCACUUAAUUAUUUCAAUAUUCG